AUGACUGAGAAGAAGCUUGUGUGGGAUCUGAGUAAGCUGAAGAAACAGAACAACGGAGAACAGGACAAGCAGACAACAGAACAUCCUGUGUACAGACAGUAUGUGGGAAAGGUCCGCCCCUGCAUUGAUCUCAUUGACAGCCUGAGAGCUCUUGGAAUAGAAAAAGACCUUGCUUUGCCCACAAUUGCUGUAAUUGGAGACCAGAAUUCUGGGAAAAGAUCCAUCCUAGAAGCCUUGUCUGGUGUUGCUCUUCCUAGGGGAGAUGAUAAUGUUACUCCAUGUCCGUUGGAGCUUAAACUGAAAAGAAUACCUGCUACCCAGGCAUGGAAAGGAAAAAUUUGUUUCUGCAACGCCAGCACAGAACUCCAGGAUGCCUCUGAGGUGAAAGAAGCAUUAAGAAAAGUGCAGAAUGCUGUGACUCCUACUAAAAGUGCCAUUAGUGAAGAACUAAUCUCCCUAGAAAUUCAGUCCCCACAGGUCCCAGAUCUGACACUGAUUGAUCUUCCUGGAAUUGUCAGAACUGCUACGGGGAAACAGCCAAAAGACAUUGGGAUACAGAUCAAGACGCUACUUAAAAAAACUAUUGGCUGCAAAGAGACACUCAAUUUGGUAGUGGUGCCAUGUAAUGUGGAUAUUGCAGCAACAGAAGCAAUGAAAAUGGCUCAAGAGGUGGACCCCAGUGGAGAAAGAACACUAGGGAUCCUCACAAAACCUGACCUGAUGGACAGAGGAAGUGAGGAGAUUAUCAUGAACAUAAUGCGAAACCUGGUCCUGCCCCUUAAAAAAGGCUACAUGAUGGUGAAGUGUGGUGGACAGCAGGGCAUCUACAACAAACCAGCCUUGGCUGAUGCAAUCCGUCAGGAGAGAGAAUUCUUUCAGACUCACAGAUGUCUCAGCAUUCUUCUGGAAGAAGAAAGGGCUACUAUCCCUCAUCUAGCAGAGAAGCUCACAAAUGAACUUGUGAGACAUAUUAUCGAAACUUUGCCAACACUAAAGAACCAAAUACAUGAGGGGCUCCAAAAAACGUUACAGGCUCUACAAAAGUAUAGAACACCUAAAACAGAUUCCGAGAAGUUGAUUUUCCUCACGGAUGUGAUCAAACUCUUUAACCAAGACAUCUCUCAGACAAUAUGUGGAGAGGAGCAGUUGUUUGGAAAUGAAAUCAGUCUGUUUGCAAAAAUCUGCAAAGUGUUUCAAAUGUGGGAAACGCUUCUCCUAGAGUGUGUUGAAAAGGUUGAAAAAAAUGCACAGAGGAGAACACGGCAAUAUGAAGACCAGUGUCAUGGAUGGAAACACCCAGCCUUUGUCAAUUAUAGGACAUUUGAGAACAUUAUAAAAGAGCAUAUCGUAGAACUGGAGGAACCAGCCAUUUUGAUAAUGAACAACGUGAUCGGACUGAUUGAAGAGAAAUUUAUAGAACUCGCUAAAAGGCAUUUUGCCAAUUUUGCCUCUCUGAUCAGAGCUGCUAAGACCAGAAUUGAGGACAUUAAACAGAAGCAAACAGCAGAGGCUGAAAGACAGAUCCGGACCCAGUUUAAAAUGGAGAGACUUGUAUACUGCCAGGAUGACCUUUACAGUAAUGAUUUAAAAUCUCUUAAGGCAGAAAAUACCAUGAAAGUUGGCAAUGAGAAGGAGUUGCAAGUUGGAGCGGCUUUGAAUCAAGAGCCUACCAUUGUCCAGGACAUGGUUUUUUACACAAAGGUCUAUUUUGAUGGAGCAACUAAACGCCUCUCCAGUCAGAUACCUCUGAUUAUCCUGUCUUUUGCCCUUCAUGAUUUUGGGGAUAAAUUACAGACCACAAUGCUACAUCUUUUGGAAGAAUUUAAGGCAAGCCAGGACUCGGAGAACAAGACUCUGAACUCUGUGGGAAGAUUCGAGUUACGUGGUCUCCUUCAGAAGGGCAGAGAAGCAGAUGAACAUAGGAACUGCCUUGGUGAACAAGUUAAUCGUUUCACCAAAGCCUGCCAGUGCCUGAGAGCCUUUAACUCACUGUAG